UACUUGUCAAAAAGUAAAGACACAGAAAAACUGUCGAUGCUUUUCCCCGAUGACAACGAUGGCGAUCAACAACGGGAAUAUACUGGACCGUCGCACCGAUGAGAACAUAGCAUGUGUGACGGAAAACGAUGACACUCAGUCGAAAACUCCCGGCAUCCCUUUAUCCAGAAAACUCUGCUAUGCCAUUGGAGGAAUGCCUUAUCAAAUGACUGGAACCACUAAGGGCUUUUUCAUGCAGAUAUUUUUACUGGAUGUUGUGAAGAUGGGAGGUUUUUCUGCAUCCAUCAUUCUCUUCCUUGGUCGAGCUUGGGAUGCCAUUUCGGAUCCUCUGAUUGGAUAUGCUGUGAGUAAGAGUGGCCGGACCAGAAUUGGCAAACUUAUUCCUUGGAUUGUGUUCACAAUGCCACUUGGGGUCCUAUCAUACAUUAUGCUCUGGUAUACCCCACAGGACACCAUGUCCCCUGCCUUCAGUUUCGGCUGGUACUUCACAUGGUGCUGUCUGUUUGACACCUUCAUGAGUUGCUACCAUGUGCCAUAUUCUUCCCUAAACAUGUUUCUGGGAGGGAAUGAGAAGGAUCGAGACUCAGCCACUGGUUACAGAAUGGGCAUGGAAGUGUUCGCUACCCUGGCAGGAGCUGCCAUUCAGGGUCAGAUAGUUGGGGUGCACCAUGCAAAGAGGACACAAGUCUGCAGUUUACUGAAUGGCACGGAAGGGUCUUCUGGGAACCACACAGACUCACUGGAUGACAUAUCUGACACUCUACAAAAUACAAGAAGAGCCUAUUUGACUGGAGCAUUAGUAAUAGGAAUGCUGUACUUCCUGUGCUGCCUUGUGCUUUUUCUUGGAGUGAAGGAGCAGUUGGCCCCUCUAAGUAAACUGGACAGCAUAAAUAUCCCCUAUCUAACUGGAAUGAAGAUGGUGGUGAGACACACUCCAUAUGUGUGGCUUGUAUUUGGCUUCCUAUUUGCUUCACUUGCCUUCCAGAUGGCUCAGGGGAAUUUUGCCCUCUUCUGUACUCAUGCAGCGAAUAUGGGAGCAUAUUUCCAGCAUCUUGUUCUCAUACUAUUGACAUCAGCUACAAUAUCCAUCCCAAUGUGGCAGACACUACUGGUCAAAAAAGGCAAAAAGACCACCAUAUUCAUCGGCCUAUCAGUAUAUAUCCCAGCUCUAAUUGUGAUUUCUCUAGUGAAAAGUAAUUUACCCAUCUUCAUUAUUAUGUCCAUGUUAUCUGGCACAAGUCUGGCAGCCCUCUAUCUACUCCCUUGCUUUGCAGGAUACAAGCCUGGUGCUUUGUAA